GUGUGUGGUAGUCGUGCGAAGAAUGCGGAGAAUCGUCUGCAGGUCGGUUCAUAUCAUACCAUCUCAUCUCAUCCCAUCCCAUCCCACCAUCUCAUCCAUCUAAUGUCAACCUCAAUCGACCCUUCAGUCGGCACACCCACUGCUGAGCAAACAGCAACAUACGCAACACGAGCAAAGGCCACAAUCGAUAAGCAAAAAUCAAUCCUCUUCCGCAUCAAGCUACAGGAUGCUGCCGGCAAACAUGUCCCCGUCUAUGAGGUCGCCAACAAGACCAUCGGAUUCUUUUGCAGUGCCGGUCGCUAUGCCGUCUGCCAGGAGCUAUCAACUAUCGUGGAUCGCUUUUUAGAGUGCCACCCUGAUUUUGUGCUUAUCUACGUCUCACUCGACACCACGGAGGCAGCAUUUAACAAGACAUUAGAGGCACAUCCGCGCUGGCUAGCGAUCCCCUUCAACGAUCCAAUCAAAAUUGACAUCUUGAACGAAUGGCAAACCAAGGGGGUACCAUGUCUGCACAUCUACGACCCACUCGCACACGAGAUCCUAACCAGCUGGGGUGGAUCGUGCCUACGAUUCAAUUUCGACCAUUGCUUUGAGGAGUGGAGACAAGGUGGCCACGGCAUUUCGUAUUGGCAGAUCAUCAAAGGCUGGUGGUAUUACAAUGCUCCCGUGGGUAUCUUCAAGGACAUGACGGACCAGGAGCUGACUGCAUAUGGCUUUCCCAUCCUCCAAGACAAUAAGAGCAGCAGUAGCGGCAGUGGCAGUGGCAUUGGCGGCAGCAGCAAUGAGCAAGAGCGCCUGGAGUCGAAGAAGGACAAGUAAUUAGCCGCCAUAGUCAUCCCAUUAUUAAAGAAGGGGACCCCGCCCAAAACCAUGUUCGUGUUCUCAACCUAUGUGGGGUCCCAUGAAGAAUGAAAUGUCGUAUGUGCUGCAAUGCCUUGACCUGCACCGCGGUCGGACUCUUUUUUUUUUUUUUCCUUCACCUCAUUCCUUCAUUCCUUUUUUCUUUUCUUUCUUCGUUUUUCCCAACCCACUCCUUCCUUUCGUCCGUUCCUCUAUUUUCCUUUUUUCCUCUCCAUCAUUCAUCAUCUUCGUAACCCUUCUUGUAUCGUUUUUUCAGGUAAUUGGCGCUGGAAUAUUGACUGGACUGAACGGACCUUGGCACCUGCAUACAUAUCGGACCAGCGUGUGGUCUGACUCUAAAGCCUCCGAGCAUUUCUCAGGAGGAAAAAAGAAAAAAGAAAAAAGAAAAAAACGCC